UGUUUGUUGUUUUGCUCACCCGGUGGAGAAAAACAUACCAGCUGAUGUAUCCGCUUUCCGGGGAGCAGCGUUACGUCAUCACGUGACAUCUUGCGUCAUCACGUUUGGCUUUAAAAAGAACUUGGGGUGUUCCUUCAGCGGGAAGAGUGAAGACAGUUGAAUGCUAGCAAGUGGAAGCAACAACACACAGCCUGCGAGAAGCGGGUUCCCAACCACACCAAUGGGGAGAUCCUACGGACGGGCACACCCACACAACCUCCUUAUUGGACCGGACCAGAUCUGCUCGUUGGGAAGAAGAAUGAUGCAGAAGGAUGAGCAAUACACAUUCAUACAUACAGUACAUACGCUGUACAUACACGCUGUACAUACACACAUACUGUACAUACACUCAAACACACUGUGCAUACAUGCUGUACGUACAUACAUACAUACAUACCAUACACACUGUACAUACUUUCACACAUACUGUACCUACAUACACGCUGUACAUACAUUCCAGUACACCCUGGACUGAUGGCCAGCCAAUCACAGGGCACAUAUAGACAAACAACCAUUCACACUCACAUUCAUAGCUAUGGACAAUUUGGAGUCGCCAAUUAACCUAGCAUGUUUUUGGAAUGUGGGAGGAAGUCAGAGUACUCGGAGAAAACAAAACCCUCACACACAGGGAGAACAUGCAAACUCCACACAGAGAUGUCCGGGCCUCCUAGCCAUGUGGCCUGCACACUAACUCCUAUAAACGUUUCAAUCAUUUCAAGGACAUUUGAGUGUGCUAGAGUGCUACGGAGUCCUACCUGCCCACCCUCUGGCAUCACACGCUUCUCUGUCCCACUCCAGGCCCCAACUCCAUGCACACCCACAAUCUCUGUAAACAUCUUGAUGGCUUCUUCAUCGCUGGAAGGCUGCUUCUUCUUAGUUAGCUGCCAUCACCUGCUACCUUCCAGCGAGAAGCAGGCUCCCAACCACACCAAUGGGGAGAUCCUACGGACGUGCACACCCACACAAGCUCCUCAUUGGACCGGACUUGAGCUGCUCGUCAGGAAGAAGAAUGAUGCAGAAGGAUGAGCAACAGGCAUCUUCCUCCUUUCAAGAGUCUCUGACGCUGUUGGAGGAAACAUUUCCUUUCACGAAAGACCAGCAGUUGUGCCAUGUUGGUGAUAUCGGGGUAAACGUGGAGCAAGAACCACCAGCCACAGAGCUUUUGUUGUCCCCCACGAUGCCCACCUGUAGCUCCUCCUUGGAAGUGGAACUGCAAUGGCAGGAUGUGCUGGCUGUGAUCCAACCUGAGGAUGACAGUGGUGAGUCUCAAGCGCUGCACCAAAGCCACAAGCAUCCAGAAGAGGAGAAUCUAAAGGAGACCAACCGGCAACUUAAACAUGGUUUGGAAUGGCCCCUUCUUCCACUCGCCUCAACGGCCGAUCUUGAGGACAGUUUAGCGUUUGGAGCAGAAGAAAUGUUUGGAAUGUUCCCACUACAAACUCCCCCCACAGCUGGUGUGACGGAAGAAGCAGCUUCAGAAGGACUACAUGCUAUGAACAGUAAUAUCAGCACACAUUUGCUCACGGAAGGUCUUCAAGAAAAAUGGCAAAGUUCACCAUCUUUGUUUUGCGGGGAAUAUGAUGUUAACAUUCCGGGUCACACUUCUAGCUUGGACGUUCUCUCUUCAAAUGGCUUUCUUGGUGAGGACGAAGAUGUCCUCCCGAGCCCAUUAAGUGACAUUUUUCAAGAUGCUGCCAUGCUGGAUCAGAUGACAUUGCUGGACUUGGCCAUGGAGGAGGCCUUCAGUCCUGAGAUGGUGGGUGGACUAGAAGAUACCUCCCUGGACCAUGAAGCAGGUGACUUAGGGCACACUACAGCCAUGGGGAAGGAGAGAGAUGGCACAGCAAGAAAGCAACAGCGGGAAGGCAAGAAUGAGCAAGACAAUGAAGCAGACUCCGAUUCUGGACUUUCUCUAGACUUCAGCCAUGGUCCUCCUUCUCCAUGUACAUCAGAAUCAUCUUCCUCCUCCUCCUCGUCUUAUUCUAGUGCUUCCAGUCUGAGAAGUCCAUUCUGCGAGAACAAGGAAGAAGAGUUCUUGGCAUCAGAUAUGGAAGUCGGGGUGACGAUAAAGCAGGAGGAACUGGAUGUGGAAGAUAUGGGAGUAAUAGGGGAAGAUAAACUCUUCCUUCCCAUAUCUUGGGGAAAAAAGUGUGUUUCAUGGCUGGAGAAAAUCAUCCAUGAUCACUCGUACAACAAGAAGCCCUGGUCCAUGACGUCCUCCACAUUCAUGUCCAGCAUGAUCAUCAAACACACGAGGUCUCCACAAGAUGGCAGUGACGACACGUCAAAGCGCUCCUAUUUCAGACACCCGUGUGAAACAAGGAUUAGGAAUCGGGACGAGAAGCGCACACAAACUCAAAAGUUACCUUUCUCAAACGAGCUCAUUGUUAAUUUACCAGUGGAGGAGUUCAAGGAGCUUUUGGAAAAUUACAGACUGAGCAGAGAGCAGCUUACCCUUGUCAAGGACAUCAGACGGCGUGGAAAGAACAAGAUAGCUGCCCAGAACUGCCGGAAGAGGAAACUGGAUACAUUGCAUGGUCUAGAGGAAGAGGUGUCACGAUUGAGGCGGCAUCGAUUAAGGUUGCGCAGGGAAAAUCAAGAAGCCCUGAGGAAGCUCCAGGAAAGGAAGCGUCGCCUCUGCAUCUUGUACCACACAGUCUUCUCCAGACUGAAGGACGAGGAGGGAAGGCCCCUUAAUGCUACACGGCAUGUGCUUCAAUUCCAGCCAAACGGCAUUGGUGUAGCAACGCGACAACAAGAGGCGGGGCUGCCAACGUCCAGUAACACAACCGGCAAAAAACUAAGAAACACAAAGAAAUUAAAACAUCAAAUAAUGUGAAACGUUCCAGGUCAUUUACCCUGACAAGAGAUCAGUUGGACUCACAAUUGUUUACUGAAGGAAUUGUCUGGGAGAUGUACAGCGCUGGACCUCCGCUCAUCAAGCAGAAAGAAUUCCAUCAUGUAGCACACAACACACGCAAGUGAGUGCUGCAGCAGAACUCUACCCCGCCUCUCCCCACUGGGACACAGAAUGACUGACAGGAGGCUUCACACACUCAGUUCAUUCAGCUUUAGAAGCCGCACGCCCAAGGCGGUGAGACACAUUCACAGACUGAACUCAGAGAUGCACAUGUCAAUAUAUCCAGGCAGGACUAAGGCUAGCUAUUAGCAUUGUUAGCAUUUCCGCUUUGUUGCCCUGGUUUAAAAAAAUAAUAAAAUAAAAAAAAGUGGGUGUAAUACUGUCGACCCAAAGGUUAGCAACACCUUGCAGGCCCAUUUAAUAUGUCCGUUAGGAUUUUUCCUACUCGUGUUAUCCAUACUUCUGGGUGUGUCUACUAUAUGCAAAACAUGACACCAACAUAUGCAUCGUUAGGAAAAUUAAAAACUUUAUUGCUGAAAACCUUUCAGUACAUGCAACACAACAGAUUCAUUGACGGCAGAAAAGCUUUGCGACGAGACAAAAUCAGUCAGGAUGGACUACUGAGACGUAAUACUGAUGUACAAAGACUUUAAAAAAUUAACAAAAAAGUGAAAGUAAUCAAUUCAGUGUGGAGUCCAAAUGCGGGAACUUUUAAAAACGCCCUCAGUGGUUGAUAACGCAGGUCUAGACAUUCCUGCAAGUCCAUGCUGCACUUGCACUACUGCUAGCCUUCAUAUGCUUUUAUACUUGUCCACUUUCCUUGACUUAUUGCAUGUAUGGUAUGUACACUGUGAAAACUACUACAAAGACACGGGUGCGCUACAACCCCCGCUCCUCACCCAAAUGACAUUUUCAAUGGAAUACGGUAUGUUUGAGUCAGCUUCAACCGCAGGUGUCAGAGAAAGUCUAUCAAGCAGCAAAGCAAAGCAGUGAUAUGCAAACACUUGCAUGCAUUCAUUUUCAUAUCAAGUACAGUGGAACCUGUUUAUCUCGACACACCGUGCACUGGCUGCGGAUGUCGACUCAACAAAACCAACCAUUGAUGGCUCAUUUACUUGUGGCUUUCACCAGAGACAAAAAGGGAAUGUGCCAUAAAGCACAUUGUUGAUGUUAGGGCCUCCUUUUUACAUCCACAUUCUUUACUUCUAUCAGCAGUGGGAAUGCAGCUUAAUAUUAAAACGGAAGCAAUGGCAAUGCUAGCCCUGUAAAGGGUCAGCCCACCAACCAAGAUGUUAGGAGGUCCAAACUUUCUCUGACGUGGAACUGAGGCCUUGUCCACACGGAAACGUUAGAUUUUUUGGUGGGUCUACACUGUGUAGAUUAGUAAAUAGUUGCAUCCAGACAGGAAGUGAUCGCUGGGGGAAGGCACACCCACGCAUGGCACAGUAGACAGACACAGAUGGAUUCACCUGAAACACCGACCCAUAGAAGAAGAAAGCACGCAUGUUCCUAAUUCCAUUGUCUUCUGCUUUUCAAGCCUCAGUUAGACUUAGGACCUAGUCAAAUUACUUCUGCAAGUGGUUUGGGAGCAUAAGCAACAAAAUAUCAGAAUGUGGACAGUGGUGAGUCAUGCCAGUCCAAAUAUUCUGAUAUGUUGGCUUGUCAAAACUCACGUCUUCAUAAAGCAGCAGAUUGCAGAUACGGAAACAACACGCCAGGGUUUUCAUACGUUCCCACUCACAGAUACCAUUUCACCUGAAAGUCUGAAACCAUCAAUUACUGUGCCGUUUUGACCCAAAAACAUUUCCGUGUGGAUAGCCCCUGAGCUCUUCCUCAUAGGCCUGCUUUGGAGGCGGAUCCAAGCCCAGGAAACUUCCCUUUAACUGUUUGGUGGUAUAUUGGCCCCAUCUGAUUCCAUCCCGUUCAGGACAGAUGAUUCAUAAAUGUGUGUGUGAGAAAUUCAUUUAAAAAAACUGGGUGCUAUUGUCUUGGUAUGUGUUCUCUCUCCUUUUGCAGGAAAGUACAAGAGUGGAACAUGGUCCCCUAUGUAAAGCCUAGGUCGCAUCCAGUCAUAUGCGUUCCAACAGCCAGUCUACAUCCAAGAAACGCACAGAGCGUGCCAUGCUGAUUUUUGAGUAAUAGACUGAUUAAUACCGGCGGCUGUGGUUCAUUUCUCAUGAUAAAAAAAAAAAACUACAGCAAAUUGGGGAACACAAUUUUUUUUUGUCUUGUCUGGUUGCGCAAGCGUCAC